AUGAAACCGCCGCCGCCAUUCAAAGAAAAAAAUUCGUGUUUCGAGAAUGCGGACAAAACAAAAAUAUCAACAGCAGGAAAAUUUGGUUAUAUACAGCGAGGCCAGAGGAGAGGAUACCUACCCGAGACAAGCUUCCAAAAGCAUUUCUCCACCUUCUUCAAAAGUGAAAAGCGCACCAACAUGAACAGUGUCCAUGAUUUCGAGGAACUCCAGCGCGUACGACUACCGACGUUGUAUGAAGUAUUGAUACAAAGAACAUCGCAGCCAGUUGAUCUUUGGACGUUCUAUACAUUUCUUUCGCAGUUCCCAUAUGCCAUCAACUACCUGGACUUUUGGAUUGACCUUAUGGCGCACACACGGCUUUGCCAAAGCUACGUCGAGCUGGUAAGAAAAUCCCUCGUCAAUUACCCACAAGAACAGCAAGAAAAUGGGGGCGCUUCCGUUAAAACGCAUGAUUUGUUGAGCGCAUUAGUGGAAGAAGGACAUUUGGACCCGGAAACCCCCGAGAAACUCUUGCAAAACAGCGGCCCCGACCUACCAUUUUCUCCUAAGUUGAAUCAGUUGCUGGAAGGUUGGAAACGCCAAUCGGGCAUAAGCGAAGACUCCCUGAGAAACGAAGACAUGACGCUAAUCGUGGACGAAAUACUGAAAAGGCGCUCACAACAGGACGGCGUACCGCAGAUCACCACGAAGCAACUGCUUCACAGCGCAAUGGGGCUCUGCACUACUUACUUAGCGUCGUCGGAGCAAAGAGAACGGUACCUGAGCAACAUCCCCACGGAAACGCGGAACCGCAUAGUAAAAGACGUACAAGUGAAGCGAAGAUACGACAUUGAGGUUUUUGACGACGUCAAGAACCUGGCCUACCAGUUCUUAGAAAUGGACUGUUUCCCGAAAUUUCUGAGCCGGGUCGCCCUCCACAACAUCCACGAUGAGAUAUCCGACUGGCGAUUCCACUCAGUGGGCGCCACUAACGAAAAGAACAAGAGGGUCCGAGGACAGACGCAUAUUUCCCGCUCACCAUUCUCCAACCAUACAUCAAUCAGCCGUAUUGGCUUCGGCCUACUGUGGCUGGGAAUCGGCUUCUGGAUAGGGUACGUACUCAUCUUCCUAGCGUAUAGUCGUGCCAUCCGCGUAGUGACGGUCGUACCGUUUGCAUUAGGAUGCUACUGCAUCGUGUGCGGUAUGUACCAAGUGGACAUUGUGUACUCUUGGUUUGGCGUCACACAAAGGCUGCUUCACAGACACAAAGACGGCAGCGAUAACGAAGACGAUUCCUCCGAAGAUUUCGAUCACGUGCCAGCAAUACUAGCGGUGUUCGGCGGCAAGAGCCGCCUCACCUGCGUGCAACACCCAUUUAUUCGGCAGCUUCUGCGCAAGCGUGGACUGUGGUGUCUGCUGCUCGUAGUGGGUGCCACUGCCGCAUUCACGGUGAUUUUUAGCUGUGUGCCCGGCCGUCGCGUGUGA